GCUGAGGUCCUCGAGCUCGCAGGCAAUGCAGCCCGCGACAACAAGAAGACAAGAAUCAUCCCACGUCAUCUGCAACUCGCCAUCCGCAACGACGAGGAGCUGAACAAGUUUCUGGGACAUGUGACGAUCGCCCAGGGUGGUGUUCUGCCGAACAUCCAAUCCGUCCUUCUGCCCAAGAAGACGGAGAAGAGCAGCAAGGCUUAA